AGAGCCCUCUACAGGGAUGUCAUGCAGGAGAACUGUGAGAAUGUGACCUCGCUGGGGGCAAGGUGCUGCAGAGUACAGAUUCAGCUCCCGGAUCCUGCAGCAGCGCAGAGGCAUCCGUCUCCUUCCCUGGCUCCCACUCAACUGAGCUGCAGAGCCCUCACUUUAUACAUCCUGUCCAGCCCUGGUACUUCCGAGUUUCCAGUUUCCAAAUUUGAUGUGAUCUCCCAGCUGGAACGAGGAGAAAAGCCAGAUGUCCAGGGCUCAGAUGAAAGAGAGAUCUGGAAGGAUGCCUGUCCAGCAGGUGCUGGGAUGUUGAAUGAGAACAAGGAGCAGAAUCCUCAGCAGCAAGAUGCUGAGCAAGUGGAAGCACAUGCGGGAUUAUCACAAAGAUCCAAAGGGAAUGUGUCCUGGCAUCAUGUGGAGGGAAAAGCCUGUGAGAGUGACCACAGGCCAGAGAGAGAGCAGGGAAACAAGACAGGGGAGAAAAUUAGUAAAUCCAUUAAUUAUCAGGAAACUCAGAAGGAAACCACAGCUCAGAAGAGACUCCUCACAGGAGAGCGAAACAACACAUGCGCUGAGUGUGGGAAAAAUUUCAGUAGCCACUCACACCUUAUAGAACAUCAGAGAAUUCACACAGGGGAGCGACCCUACAAGUGCUGUGAGUGCGGGAAAAGCUUCACUCGGAGUUCAACCCUUCUUAGGCAUGAGAGGGUCCACACAGGAGAGAGACCCUAUCAAUGUUGUGACUGUGGGAAAACCUUCAGUCAGAGUUCAUCCCUUAUUACACAUCAGAGGACCCAUACGGGAGAGAGACCCUACGAAUGCCAUAAGUGCAGGAAAAGCUUUGCUCGGAUCUCAACUCUUGUUAUGCAUCAGAGCACCCACACAGGAGAGAGAUCCUAUGAAUGCUGUGAGUGUGGGAAAACCUUCAGUCAGAGUUCAUCCCUUAUUGCACAUCAGAGGAUCCACACAGGAGAGAGACCCUAUGAAUGCCGAGAGUGUAGGAAAAACUUCAGUAGCCGCUCAGGGCUUUUUGACCAUAAGAGAAUCCACAGAGGGGAGAGACCUUAUGAAUGCUGGGAGUGUGGGAAAACCUUCACUCGGAGCUCACACCUUAUUACACAUCAGAGAAUUCACACAGGAGAGCGCCCAUAUGAAUGCUGUGAGUGUGGGAAAAACUUCUCUCAGAUCUCAGCCCUUAUUAGACAUCAAAGAAUUCACACAGGAGAGAGACCCUAUGGAUGCUGUGAAUGUGGGAAAAACUUCUCUCAGAGCUCAGCCCUUACUGCACAUCAGAGAAUCCACACAGGAGAGAUUCUCUAGAGAUGCUUCUUGUGGGAAAAGCUUCCAUCAGAGCUCAGCCUUUAUUUAUCAUCAGAGAAUCCACAUGGGAGAUAAACACCAUAAAAACCUUAUCUAGAGCUGACCAAAAAUAAAUUUCUUUAAUACUUUUGCUAAUUCCCACAUAGGGGCCUUUCAGGCUGUUUGAAUCAUUUACAUUACCAUGGUCUCUCCAAUCUAUCCAGUGAGCUUCUGGCUUGGGCCUCUUUUUGCCUCUCGAGGUCCCUUCCUUUCCUACAAAUCCAUGACUUUCUGUGGAAGUUAUGUCCAAGUACAAGAUGGUUUGGGAAAUUAUUAAAGUGAUUCCUCUUAUAACAAAA